ACGUGAAGGCCUCCUAACUUUUCUCCUCUCUACAAGUUGCCGAAGUUUGCUAUAAGCUGUGAUUUUAUUUUCGCGCAAUAAAAGUGAGGUAGCGUGCGUCCCAUCAGCCAGGACCGUGUUUUUUAUUGAGGAUGUGAGCGAAUGAAUGAGGGCUGAGUCAGAAAGAUGAAGAAACUACAGCCGCUGACGUCGCCGCGGUGAUUUCCUUGAUUGUGCAGUUAACUGUGUUGUUGAGCAGGAUUUUGACAUGAAGCUCCCCACACCUCUGGAUGUGCAGGUCAGAUCCGACUCCGCUCUCUGAAACUUUGCUCGGCAUCAGUUUUUUAAACAGACUUCCUAGCGGAUUUUACUAGUUUUUUUUGUUUUGUUUUGUUUUGUUUUUCGUGGCAAAAAUAAAUAAAUAAUUAAAAAAAAAAAUGUGGGACAAGUUGCCCCGCUGCUUCACCGCGGAGGCGAAACUUCGUGACGGGAAGAGUCGGUGGACUUCGGCGGCUUUCGCUGUGCUCCUCGUGGGUCUGUUUGCCUCGUCGUGCUGGGCGGAGGAGGCGUCUUGUCACGGAGCGUACGACCUCUACUUUGUUCUAGACAAGUCUGGAAGUGUCGCUACCGACUGGCACGAGAUUUACUCAUUUGUGAAGAAUCUUACCGACCGCUUCGUGAGCCCGAGUAUGAGAGUCUCAUUCAUCGUAUUCUCAGCCCAAGCAGAAGUCCUACUUCCUCUGACCGGAGACAGAUACAAAAUUGAAGAGGGCCUGCAGCGCUUGCGUGACGUCCGACCGGCAGGAGAGACGUACAUGCACGAGGGGAUGAAAAAGGCCUCGGCUCAGAUAAAGGAACAGUCAAAGUCGUCCUCCAGCAUCAUUCUGGCUCUGACGGAUGGAAAGCUGGCCGUUUACGUUCAUGAACUCACCAUGAAGGAGGCCGACGAAGUCAGGAAAUAUGGUGCUCGCGUUUACUGUGUGGGGAUCAAGGACUUUGAUGAGCAGCAGCUUGCUGAUAUUGCGGACACCAAAGACCAUGUGUUUCCUGUCAAAGAUGGCUUCCAUGCGCUCAAAGGCAUAGUCAAUUCUAUAUUAAAGCGAUCAUGCACAGAGAUCCUGAGUGUGGAGCCCUCCAGUGUCUGUGUGAAUCAGUCCUUCGACAUCGUGCUCAGAGGGAACGGCUUCAACCCGGGACGCAGCACUGACGGUGUUGUCUGCAGCUUCAUAGUGGACCAGCAAACCUUCCCUCAAAAGCCGAGCUAUGUGCGCAACGAUUAUCUGAUAUGUCCUGCACCAAAGCUGUAUGAUGUUGGACAGACGAUGGACGUUCUCAUCAGCUUAAACCACGGCAAGUCCUUCAUCUCCAGCGCCUACACCAUCACUGCUUCUUCCUGUUCAGAUGGCUUUGCUGUGGCUAUCGUCUUCCUGGUGCUGUUCCUCCUUGUGGCUCUGGCUCUCAUGUGGUGGUUCUGGCCUCUCUGCUGCACAGUGGUCAUCAAAGACCCUCCACCUCCUCCUCCGCCUUCUCGUCCUCCACCACCCGAGCCUGAGCAGUUGCCCAAGAAGAAGUGGCCAACUGUGGACGCCUCUUACUAUGGAGGAAGAGGAGCGGGCGGCAUCAAGCGCAUGGAGGUGCGCUGGGGAGAGAAAGGCUCGACGGAGGAGGGGGCCCGACUGGAGAUGGCCAAGAAUGCUAAGGUGUCCAUACCGGAGGACGUGGAGGAGCCGAUGAUCAAACGACCCAAGCCCAGGCCCUCCAACUCCAACCGCCAGGCCGAGAACAAAUGGUACACUCCCAUCAAGGGUCGCCUCGAUGCUUUGUGGGCUUUGUUGCGGCGGCAGUACGACCGAGUGUCCCUCAUGCGUCCCACCUCGCAAGACAAGGGCCGGUGCAUGAAUUUCAACCGCAUCCAGCAUCAGUAGAAGAGAGGAAACUACUGUGUGAAGAGGAGCAACGCGCUGAUCGCUGUGGAAGACAGAAGAAUUUCAGGGUUUUCUUUUUUUUUGUUUUUGUUUUUUGGCUUUAAUCCUUUUGCUAAAACCACUAUCCGUUCACUGCAUUUCCUUUCUGGUUCUUUGUCCUUACACCUUUCAAGCACACAGGUUGAAGUGUUAAUAUUCUAACACAUUAAGUUAUUUACUACUUCUUUUUUUUUUUUUUUUAAACCAAUUUUAUAUAUAUGUAUAUAUAAAAUUCUCAAAGCAGUAGCACAGGGCGCCUCGGAGCUCAGCACUCAGACUUGGUUAGCUUUUCGUGUGCACCAAAGGCUUAACAUAUUCUGACCAUAUUGUGCCUUCUGUGAAAAACCUAAUUUCAUGGACACAGACGGAAGCUAUCUAAAAAAAAAAAAAAAAAAUAACAUGGAGAAUGGGGCUGUUUGCCUUUGGCAUAGAAGUCGGAAUAAUCCCAGUGGGCCUCGCAAGUGCAGAAGUCCUUUGCCUUUUGGCAAUGUCUCAUCACGACUCCUCUCCAACUUCAGCAGUGCUGGAUGCCUGGCGGCUGCCCUUUGACUGGCUUAUCUUGUCAUUUUAACACUGAGAAGUGCACACGCAUGACAAAUUGUAGACAGGAUGCCCCAAGGUAUUGGACAGCACCAAGACUUUGCCCUUUAGUUCUUUUUUUUUUUUUUUUUUUUGAAGACACCUUCCUUUCAUUAUGCACGCAGGACAAAGAAUUAAUAGAGCGUUAUUCGACCGCAGGACAGCCUCCUGACCGAGAUGAUCCAGCUAGGUUUGAGGGAUUGAUGCCUUUAAGACCUUGACAUGGUGCUUUUUUUUUUUUUUUUUUUUUUUUUUCUGUUUGGCCCCUGUUUUCAGUGCAGUCUGUCUGUGUCUCUGCUCAGUAAGCCCAUCACAGCCCCACAAACAGGCCUAUCAUGCAUCCUGAGAUAUAGAUACAGCUGCCCCGACGCUCCUCGCCGCUCCGUCUCAAUUCUCUCAGGGCUCCCCAUCUGCGUCACAACUCGCCAGUUCUCUCAGCGGCGGAAUAUCAAAGUUUAAUUAAAAUAAUUAAAGGCAACAGCAAGCAGCAGCCUGUGAAGACUUGCCCGUCUCCUUUUUAUGCCUCUUGACAUUGAAUGACCUAAAACUGCGUUAUUCGCGGAAAAAAAACAAAUAAAUAAAAGAGGGCACGGCGCCACGAUGACGCUGCACCAUGACCACAACGUAAACCCAAAGCAGCGGAUGCGACGGACGGAUAAGUAUUGUUCAUUUCCAGAAAUUAUGCCGCCCCCCUCCCCACUCUCCUCCCGACCCACCCCAACUCCCUCAACCCAAAAAGCAGGAGAUAUAUAUUUAUAUAUAUAUAUUACGGGUUUCUCAAGCGCGCUGUCAUGACGCCACUCCCAAAUGAUGUUAGUGUGAGCGCAAACACUGUGGGGGAGGAAAGGGGGCAGCAGCUGAAGAAAAAGGCUCGAAUGAUCCAGUCACUUCGGAUACCGUACUUCAGAUGUAAAAUGGAUAUUCGAGUCGAAACCUGACAAAGCGUGCCGGCUUUGACGGGAAGCGGUAUAGACAAUGACCAGUGGCUGGGUCAGUGGGAUGUCUCUGUGCAAGCAGGGAAGCUUAUCAAAUGACACUAAAAAUAAGUUCAACAACCAUCAAGUUUGAGGGGGACUGGGUGACGCGGAUCACAUUCGGUGGGUGCAAGACGAGCGGGCGAGCGACGCGCGGCUCUAAUUAUUCCUUUGUUUGGUCCCCGUCCCAACCGGAGGGACGCACACAAUCCCAAAUCAAAUCCUCCGAGUGUGCACUGGUAUUUAUAUCUCUCUUAAAUACUUUUAGCCUCUUGCAUAAUUGCGCAGGCUGACAUUUAACAGGCUCGUUGGGCUUCGUCUGGACGCACGGUGGACAAGGAAUUUUUAGCACUUAGAUUUUUUUUUUUUUUUUUUUUUUUAAUGUUACAACCAAGAGCACAGGAAUGUUAUUAACCCGAACUAAUGAGAUAUUCACACAGCGGUCACAACACAACUCACCCUGCUAGUAACAUGUCACAAGUCCCUGCUGGGCCCCCUCAUUAUGCUUUUUUUUUUUUUUUUUUUACACUUUUGUUUUGUUUGUGUUUUUUUUUUUGUUUUUUUUUUUACACUUUGUAAGUUGAUGCUUUUCAAUGAAAAUGAGUAUUUUUGUAUUUCUGCACUUGUUUUAUUGUUGUUGAUUUACCAAAUUUGGAAAAAAAAAAAAGGAAAAAGUACGGUGAAUUUUUUGAUACUUCUUUUUAAAGCACUUAAAUGUUUAAUCUUUUUUUAGGUUAAAUACAACUUUAUUUCAGAGAAUUUCUUAUUUUUGUCAGCGUUUCUACCAUUUUUUUAAAAAUUUUUAUCCGCAUGCACUACUUUCUGCUAUCGGCUCAUUUGACGUGCGGAAAUUGUAAUUUAUCAUUUAUUAUCUCUGUCGUAUCAUCUGUUGUUUUGUAGUCACGAGGCACCUUGACGUCCAGAGGCUGCACUUGUGUGCGUGUGUGUGACCAACGUACCGUUUUACACUGUCGUCUUUUUUUUUUUAAGUCCGAACAUUUCUCUUUCUUGUUUUACAAUCUGUUGUGUCAAAUACAGUAUAUAUAUAUAUUUAACGAAAAA